GGCACAUUUACUCAUUCUAAUGUGAUAAAUUUAUCUAAGAAAAAUUCUUCCUUCAGCGUAUUACCAAAAUUUCCGACAAAUAAGCUGGCUACAAAUGUUUGAGAUAAAGCCAUUAAAAGAGAAAUUGAUUUGGAAAAACGAAGGACUGUAUUCCCAAAUCAAAAUGAACAAGAUUUGAACACAAAAGAAGCGAUGAUAUUUGUGAGGCUUAUCAACCAUAGAGAAAUUGCUGAUAUGUCACACUGGAAAGAGGUUGACUCCUGAUUCAUCUGUGAUCGAUCUCAUUAUACAGUUAUUAGGUUUGAAUCAAUUCUUGAAUAUCUCGAAGAACUUCCAAAAACAGUAAAUAAAGCAGAAGAAGCAUUAAUUAUGCGAUAUGUAAAGCACCAUAACCCUUUGUUUUAUGAACUAGAAGUAGGAAAUUUAGAAGAAAAUACUACCUACAUCUGUGGAACCCACACAGAUUGGAAGAUAAAAUAAGAUGCAUGAUUUUGAUAAUCUCUCACAACUUCUAAGGAACGAUGAAGACUCUGAAGAUUCAGAUCAGGAAAUUAUCCAACCUCAGCAAACUCUUCUUGCGUAUAGACAUGAAAUGGACCAUAAUAUUUGCGGUUAUAAUAAACUCAGGGAUGAAUCUUCAUAUAAAAUACAUCAUGUACCAGAUUUAGGAAGAAGAGCUCAUCUAAUAGAAACAGAACUUACAUUUUGCCAAGCUAGUUUCAUAACGCCUGGGAUGCAUGCUUGAGUGAUAUUUUACACAACUCUUGAAAAGAAAUUCAAGGAAAUAUUUUACAAAUUUCAUGUUCCGAUUCGAAAAGAAGAUAUUCAGAUCAGAAAACGAAAAUUAAAAGUUGUUGAAAAAUAUAGAAAGUUUGAUAAAAAUACGAGUGUGUUUAAAGAAUGGAAGGAAGAUAACCCUACUAUCAUCACCAAAACACUGAUUAAUGACAUAAAAUACUGGAAAGUGCCAAAUAUGAUUAGGGAUAAGAAAGAAUAUGAAGGUGUGAUCCAAGUAUUACUCAAAUAUUUACCUAAACUGAAGCAUAUUUAUAUUGACCUUAUAUCAAGUUCUGAGUACCCGCUAAUUUCAAGAUUUGACUUCUUCAAAUAUGCAGAACAAAUUGGAAUAAUAGAUGAAAAGUUGCCAGGACCUGAACUCGGUACACUCUUUGUUGCAACUAAUUAUGAGAUUGAGAAGAGAGAAGAUCUCAACUCUAAACUUGAGUUAUGUAGAUAUGAAUUCUAUGAGAUUUUAGUUAGGAUAGCUAAUGAUCGAUACAAAUAAGCAUGGAGAUGUUGCAACUUAUGCAGAAGCUCUUGAGCACCUGAUACAACAUAAUAUCUUACCAUACUCAUUCCCAAAACCAUGGAAAGAGUUCAGGGAUAAGAUUCUCUGGACCUUAGAAGUAAAUGAUAUUUUCCAAGUAAAUAUUGACUCUUUGAGAGAGAUCAAUAACAAGAUGAGCUUAGAAAAAUGAAUUGACUUAAUGACGAAUAAAAUCAAUUCUGGAUUAAACUUAUUUCAAGUGACUCAUUGAUUUGGAAUGUCAAGAAUGACCAUCAUGGAUGAGAUGCGCAAGCCAGUUUCAAUCCAUUUAAAGCUUACUGAAUUUCUAGAAUUUAUAGGCAGAUGAGCUAACUUAAUGGAAUUCAAUAAAGAAAACUCAGAUUCUGAAAGCGAAAAAGAGGAAGAACUAAAGGAAGAAGCUCCAGUGACAUUCUUGGACAAGCUACACAGAUUAUUAAAAUUAAUCCUCAUGGCGCAUCACAAAGAGCUAAAAGAACCUAUAGAAGAUGAAUUCUAUGAGUAUGAGAGUGAAUUCAUCUCUAACGACAAUAUCUCUGACUUUAACUAUAAGCCUUAAAUACCUCAAUUUGGUCUCUCUGCCUAAUAAUCUUCCCCUUAAAUUCCUCUACUAUUUCAAC